AUGGGAAUCUCCCCUGGAUUUGCGAGCCUCGUCUGUGCCACCAGUGCCACCCAGUGCCAGCGGCCGGGCGGCGGUGACAAGGGAAUUGACAUAUACGUUUAUGCUGCUCUUGCCCCUGCCCCUGCUCGUACUCUUGCCCCUGCCCCUGCCCCUGCUCGUACUCUUGCCCCUGUUCCUGCUCGUACUCCUGCCUCUGCUCCUGCUUCUACUCCUGCUCUUAUUCCAUUACCCUUAGCCUUAUCUUUGCCCCUUGCCCUUGCCCCUACUUCUGUCCUGCCCCCUCCCCCUUCCCCUUGCCCCUACCUCUCCCACUGCCUUUGCUCUGCCCCUGCCUCUACCCACACCCCUAUGCCUUCUCCUGCCCUUAACCCUGCCCGUGCCCCUUCUCCUGCCCCUUCUCCUUGCCCCUUGCAGAGAUCUUAA